CUUGAAUCUAGACUCCUGUCGCAGCUGACAUUUUGAUCACCUGCAAGGAGUUGUUCUUGGAAAACAACACGCAUUUCUUGGGAAUGUGUAAACUGUGGACGAAUAAGUCUUCCUAAACUGUGGUUGCGACUAAUUUCCUCGACAUCAAACAAGUCACUUGGAACAGACGCUAUUUUGUCUCUUUCGGGUUUUCUUUCGUCUUAAAGUAAGCACAAUAACAAUUCCUCGAACACGGCAGUAUGGCUAGAAUGCUGAGCAAGGAUAUCCCGGAUAUUGAGGGGAUUCUGGCCCUGAACCCGCGGGUGAAGACCCACGCUGCGCUUCACUCCACGGCCGCCAAGAAAGCUGAGAAGAAACACUGGAAGAGGAACCCAGAGAAGAGCUGUGACAGUUGCGUGGAGCUGGAGAACAAUUUUGAUGACAUCAAACACACAACGCUGAGUGAACGUGGAGCACUUCGGGAAGCAGUGAGGUGCUUGAAAUGCGCGGACGCUCCCUGCCAGAAGAGCUGCCCGACCAACCUGGACAUCAAGGCCUUCAUCACCAGCAUCGCAAACAGGAACUACUAUGGAUCUGCGAAGGUCAUCCUGUCCGAUAACCCCCUAGGCCUGACGUGUGGGAUGGUGUGCCCGACCUCCGACCUCUGUGUGGGGGGAUGCAACCUCUACGCCUCAGAGGAGGGGCCGAUCAACAUCGGGGGACUGCAGCAGUUUGCCAUCGAGGUGUUCAGUAAGAUGGGCAUCCCCCAGGUGCGCAACCCGUCGCUGCCGCCCCCCGACCGGAUGCCCGCCGCCUUCCACAUCAAGAUCGCCUUGAUCGGCUGUGGGCCGGCCAGCGUCAGCUGCGCCUCUUUUCUGGCCCGCCUCGGCUACGACGACGUCACCAUCUUCGAGAGACAGAAGUACAUCGGUGGACUGAGCUCUGCGGAAAUCCCUCAGUUCCGCCUGCCCUACGAGGUGGUGCAGUUCGAGGUGGAUCUGAUGAAGGACCUGGGAGUCAAGAUCGAGUGUGAGAAGGGACUGGGACAGGGCGGCAUGACACUGCUCUCGCUCAAAGAAGACGGAUACAAAGCCAUCUUCAUCGGCAUCGGUCUGCCACAGGCCAACAGGCACCAAAUCUUCGAAGGACUAAACAUGGACCAAGGGUUUUACACCUCCAAGGAUUUCUUACCUCUUGUUGCCAAGGCCAGUAAACCAGGGAUGUGCAGCUGUCAUUCCGCUCUGCCUAACCUGCAUGGCAGCGUCAUCGUGCUGGGCGCGGGCGACACCGCCUUUGACUGCGCCACCUCUGCCCUUCGUUGCGGAGCCCGCCACGUCUUUGUGGUCUUCCGGAAGGGCUUCACAAACAUCCGAGCUGUCCCUGAGGAGAUGGAGCUGGCAAAGGAGGAGAAGUGUGAGUUCCUGCCCUUCCUGUCUCCGGUUGAGGUCAUCAUGAAGGCGGGCCGAGUGGCGGGCAUGGAGUUCUGCCGGACGGAGCAGACGGAGUCCGGGGAGUGGGUGGAGGACCAGGACCAAAUGAUACGGCUCAAAGCUGACUACAUCAUCAGCGCCUUUGGCUCAGGGCUGAGUGACCCGAAAGUGAAAGAGGCCAUGGCUCCUAUCCGCUUAAACAGAUGGGGUCUCCCUGACCUGAACCCGGAGACCAUGCAGUGCAGUGAGCCAUGGGUCUUCGCUGGUGGGGACGUGGCCGGCCUGGCCAACACCACGGUGGAGUCAGUCAACGACGGGAAACAAGCCUCCUGGCACAUCCACAAAUACAUCCAGUCUCUGCAUGGACACAAAGUCCCCAUUGAGCCUGAGCUCCCUCUCUUCUACACUGCUAUCGACGCUGUGGACAUCAGCGUGGAGAUGGUCGGUCUCCGGUUCCCCAACCCGUUUGGCCUGGCCAGCGCCCCACCCACAACCAGCACCGCCAUGAUCCGCCGGGCCUUUGAGGAGGGCUGGGGCUUUGCUCUCACCAAGACCUUUUCCCUGGACAAGGAUUUGGUCACCAAUGUCUCUCCUCGUAUAGUGCGCGGGACUACCUCGGGCCCUAUCUAUGGCCCGGGCCAGGGCUCCUUCCUCAACAUCGAGCUGAUCAGCGAGAAGACCGCCGCGUACUGGUGCCAGAGUGUCACCGAACUCAAAGCCGACUUCCCCCUCAACAUUAUCAUAUCCAGUAUAAUGUGCAGCUACAAUAAGGACGAUUGGAUGGAGCUAGCUCAGAUGGCAGAGGCCUCGGGAGCCGAUGCCCUGGAGCUGAAUCUCUCAUGCCCUCACGGGAUGGGCGAGCGGGGCAUGGGCCUCGCCUGCGGACAGGAUCCCGAGCUGGUGCGCAACAUCUGCCGCUGGGUCCGGCAAGCUGUCAAGAUCCCCUUCUUCGCCAAGCUGACCCCCAACGUCACCAACAUCGUGGACAUCGCCAGCGCUGCUCAGGAAGGUGGUGCAGAUGGCGUCACUGCCACCAACACCGUCUCGGGCCUGAUGGGACUGAAGGCAGACGGCUCUCCCUGGCCUGGCAUCGGCCGUGGCAAGCGCACCACAUAUGGCGGCGUGUCUGGAAAUGCCAUCCGACCCAUAGCCCUGCGGGCGGUGUCCGCCAUCGCCAAGGCUCUCCCUGGCUUCCCCGUCCUAGCCACAGGAGGCAUCGACUCCGCUGAAUCAGGUCUGCAGUUCCUCCAUGCUGGAGCAUCUGUCCUACAGGUGUGCAGUGCUAUUCAGAAUCAGGACUUCACUGUCAUAGAGGACUACUGUUUGGGCCUUAAAACCCUGCUCUACCUGAGGAGCCUUGAGGAGCUGCAGGACUGGGAUGGCCAAUCCCCACCAACCGCACGCCACCAGAAGGGCAAGCCUGUGCCCCGACUGGAGGACCUGGUAGGAAAAAGUUUGCCAAGCUUUGGGCCUUACCUUCUGCAGAGGAAAAAAGCGCUGGCAGUCUACAAGCAGAGGCUCAGAGACCAGGAGCCCAGCAUGACAGAGGAGCCCGAGGGACCAAGAACCUUCUCCCCCAAGGGGCCCGUUCCAUCUGUCAAGGAUAUAAUUGGUGGGGCUCUGAAGUACAUCGGGGCCUACCAUGAGCUCAACAAUGAGGAGCAAGUGCAGGCUUUGAUAGACGAGGACAUGUGCAUCAACUGUGGCAAAUGCUACAUGACCUGCAAUGACUCUGGAUACCAGGCUAUUACGUUUGACCCAGAGACCCACCUCCCUGUCGUGUUAGACAGCUGCACGGGUUGCACUCUGUGCCUGAGCGUGUGCCCCAUCAUCGAAUGCAUCAAAAUGGUUGCCAGGACAACGCCUUACGUACCAAAGCGAGGCCUCCCUGCCGCCGUGACUGCGUACUGAGUGAGAGAGAGAGAGAGAGGAGAUGAACGGAGAUGAACGGAGAGGAGAGGAGAAAAAAAAACACAAAACAAAACAAAAGAGAAAUAUAGAAACGUGACAGAGCGUCUACAUCAAAACAUUGAUUCUUCUUCAUAAUUGCAGUGUGAAAAAUUACCUUUAUUAUGUGUUUGAAAAAACACACACACAUGCACACACUCGCAUACAACAGAGAAGAAAAGCUAUAUAAUUAGUUUGGAGAAAUAAUUGCCUUAUACUCCCAAGCCAAUUAUCCAGAAAUAAUCAUGCAGGCGCAAAUAGUUGCAUUAUUCCCAAACAAUAGCGGGGCAAUAUGUCGUCCAUCCACGGGCUCUCUCUUUCCUUCUCUCCCCUUCGCACCCUCCCUCCCCAUCCCUGGUUAUAAUGACAAUGAGGAGAGGGGUCUGGGGAGAGGAGGUGGAGGUGGUGUGUGUGUGUGUGUGUGUGUGUGUGUGUGUGUGUGUGUGUGUGU